UCCUCCGGGUCAGAACCACUGAGGGCUACCGAGCAAGGCAUUCCUUCUUGCUUUUUUUCUACCCCCGACAACCCUUCAGGGGGCUUUUAGCAUUCGCAGUCUGGAAAACAUCUGAUUCGUAUUCUAACCAGACCCAGAUGCAGCUAGUGCGUCAGUUUGUCAGGACAUUUUAGGGGGAAGAAUAUCUGCAGCCUUAGGAAGGGGUGGGAAACGAUAACCCACUGGAUCCCUCUUUUUUUCCUGACUUUCAAUAAAACCUUUUUUUAGGUAUGAACGCAGAUACGUGCGUCUCAUACUGUGAUAUGACCUCCAUGGAUUCGUACUACAGCCCGUCCAGUGCGCAGAGUCGGGACCACCAGGCGAAUUCGUUCAGGACUUUCACCACAGCUGAGAGCAAAUACAGCCCCACGUUCUUAACGGGGAAGGGGCAAGGGUUCGCGGAGAAGUCCCGGAGUCCUUUCCAGCCCGAGUGCCAGACUCUGGAUGGAGGUGAGGAGAACAGCUUCAGCAAGUACCAGAUCUUCAUGCAGCGGCCGAACUGCAAGACUCCACCCGAGGGCAGCAAGCUUCACCCGGACUCCGGAGCGCUCAUCUCCUGCUAUGGGAAAGACAGCAGCAGCCUGAAUGAGUCAGAGUUGCCACCGAGCGUGGACCCACCGGGGAUGGAAGGCAGCUACCUGAACCUAAAGGACACCGGUGUGAAGGGACCAAACGACCGCCCGGCCUCUGAUCUUUCCAGUCCUCUUGAUAAAAGCGAUGCGGAGAGCAACAAAGGCAAGAAGAGACGCAAUCGUACAACCUUCACCAGCUACCAGCUGGAGGAGCUGGAGAAGGUUUUCCAGAAGACUCACUAUCCAGAUGUUUACGCCCGUGAGCAGCUGGCACUGAGAACAGACCUGACAGAAGCUCGUGUGCAGGUGUGGUUCCAAAACCGCAGAGCUAAAUGGAGAAAGAGAGAGCGUUUUGGCCAGAUGCAGCAGGUCCGAACACAUUUUUCCUCAGCGUACGAGCUACCGCUUCUAACCAGGCCAGAGAACUAUGCACAGAUCCAGAAUCCAUCGUGGAUCGGUGGGAGCAGCGGUGCCUCCCCAGUGCCAGGCUGCGUUGUCCCCUGUGACACUGUCCCCUCUUGCAUGCCGCCUCACCCCCACGGUCCUGGAGGAGUUUCCGACUUCCUCGGCGUGCCAAGCCCUGGGAGCAGUCAUAUGGGACAGACACACAUGGGAAGUCUUUUCGGGGGACCCGGGAUGGGUGCGGGGAUGAAUGGCUAUGAUCUAAACGUUGAUCCAGACCGCAAGUCAUCGAGCAUAGCUGCGCUGCGUAUGAAGGCCAAGGAACACAGUGCGGCCAUCUCUUGGGCCACAUGAUGUCCCAGCCCAGUUUCACUUUACUCCCAUGCGGCCCCUUCUCUGGAGCAGCCAUCGUCAAGCGCUGAGGGGGAGGAGGAAGAUUUGCUGAGAGCACUAAUGAUAACACAGGUCAAAUGAAUGGUGAGAGACUGCGGACCUAACCGAGUCCAUUGCCAACACAACUAAGAUAACAGUGAAGACGGCGACAAGCUGCAGAGGCUGAGCAUGAUAGUCUCAGCUGUGUGACACGGCUCAUAAGAAUUUUGCUCCAAAACUCUCAGGUCUUGGUGAAAUACUACUACCAACCUUUCCAAAAUGACUAUAAUUCAGAGAAAUUUCAGUUUAGAAUCCAAAAGUAAGUCACAGCUGGUGAAGUUAUUGAUUCUAUUCACAAAUAAAUACCUGCACCCCUUACUGAGGGCCAAAAAUCUAACCACAACACAUUCUCACAGUGUGUAUUUGUAAGACAGAUAUUUUUUGCGACCAAUGUUGUGGCCAAAGUCAGCCAGCACUGCAUGAUGUUGCAUAGAUGUUUCAGUGCAGUCAAAUGGUUCCCCCCGUAUGUCAUUUGAAAAGGAGGGGUUGGGGCUAGCAGCACAUGGGGAUGGUUGAGCAUAAAUAUUCCUUGGUAUAUAUAGCAUUUCUAGCGGCUACACGGCUAUUUAAGGGGCUACGCAUAAGAAAUGAUUGAUUAUCCAGACUCCAAGGGGCGCCACCUCAUGGCUUAACCCUAACCUCAACCUCUGUCUUUAUUUCAAAUGGCAUCAGGAUAUGCCGCAGGAGGCAGAACACGUGAAUCAAUCGAAGUCAUGCGUGAACAUGCAACACGCAAGGCUGAUGAGGAUGAAAAAGUCCACUUGAAAAUAGUCGCUAUUUGACAAGUUUUGGCGUGCUAGUAAUCCAGAAAGAACCCAUCCUUUUAUAAAUGCAUUCAAUUCAAAAAUAUUUUGUCGGCAGUUGGAAGAGUCACUUGGACAGAUGGAGGUUGAGGUUCAGUAAGUGAGUGUAAUUUAGCGAAAGCAGACAUGGCCUGUGUCACUCCAGAGCAGGUAUUGGACUGACAGCACUUUCAAACCAACCUGUCAUUUCCUUCCCCGGGGGGGCCCCCUCCAGAACGCCUGCUAAGUCCUGCCUCAAGUUUCAGGAAACUCUGUCUAAAAUGGCAGAUGAGGCGCAACAGAGCACAGCAGCAGCCUUCAACACCAACCAACCACACCAGUUUCAAUCUGCUACCAACAACAGAAGACAUAUUCAAUUAGCCUCAAAUACAGAGAUAAUAGCGACAUAACAGGGUUCAUGGUGCGAGCGAGUGGCGAACUCUGAUUUCUCAGUGUCACAAUCAGAUGUCUAUCCAGCACUAAAGACUGGGGGUCAAAUCAGUGACCCUAGUUGAGGAGCUUUCAAAUGUUUGGGUAAUGUGAUGACUUUAGUGCUGGACUACAGCUGAGCGUGUCCCGCGAUUGCACUGGUGCCUCGAACUUAUAAAAAGAGAUGUGCAUGUGUGAUCCGAGCUGAAUGUCAGACAAACACCAGACUUCAUCAGAUAGAUUUCUCAAAUGCAAACAAUAUGUGGUACUUCACUGGUUUAGCUUUGGCUCAGUUUCUCAAUUGACUGGGAUCCUUUGUUUUUUUUCUGUACAGCAAAAUGGGUGUGUUGGUCUAUUUCCUCUGAUUUGAUUUGCAAAUAGAAGUGAAUAGAGCUCCCAUCAAGAAAACUAGAGACUGUCUUGUGUCUUUCCAGAGUGGCAAAAAUCUUCUUGGCUUUUUGUCCAUUUAUUUUAGUGGGCAUGUGAGUGGUUGUCCCUCUUUUUGCCCAGCAAUGGGAUGCCCAUGAUGUUCAGCUUUUCACCCUGUUGCAACAGUUCAGUGGAAAUAGUCGUGUCGGUUUACCUGACCAGUCAAGCAGUAGGGUACCAAAACUCACUCACUGGCUCCAUUUCUUUCUCAUGAAGUGUGUAUGUUACUAUGCUUUUUAAUAUUUUCCAUUUCAGACACUACCCUCAUGUCACAUGUUCAAAACAACAUAUCAGGAUACAAUAGAUGAAGGCUAUAUCUGCAAGCUGGUUCUCUGAUGUUGGGCCGCAGCUUCGUCCACAGUGAUACUACUGAUGAAGAAACUAAGAUCCAUGAUUGUGUUGUAAUAUUUUGUCCAUAAUAUAGAUGUUUUUUGUUUGUUAAUGUACUGAAUAACAUACCAAAGAAGUAUUACGAUUUCAAAAUGAUGACUUAAGAUAUGCUCUGGACUUGCUUAGGAAAUGCUUCCUAAAUUUCUGAAGGCUUUAAGCUGCUUUUUUGUUUAUUAAUAUGUUAGUGUUACUUUGGGUCGUGAGGAUAUAUAUGUAUCAUUUUCUGAUGAAAUAAGUUAUUCCACAUACAGGUGAAGACUUUUCAUUUUGUUUUUGUAUACUCCAAUAGGAGUCUGAAAUUCUAACAGCGUAAGAUUUUUUUGCAAAAUUGCUUUUUGAUGUCCAGCAAUUUCAAUUUUGAAUCCGUCCAGAACAUUUUUGUAGAACUGCUAAUGGUGCCUGACCUUUUUGUACAGAUUUUAUCUUGACGUUUUUGUUGAUGAUUUUAAAAUGUAUAUGAAAUA